AUGUAUGUGGCUGCAGCCCUGGGUUCACGUCUCGCCCACGUGAGGCGCUGCUUUGGGAACCUCCGCUUCUCUCAUUGUUUGCUGCUCGUCAUGGCAUCGGCCCCAGACAUCUCAAGUCAGGUCACCCUCGACCGCAUCCACCACUCACCCCCACCAACAGCACCGCCCGCGCAAAACCAGCGCGCAACAAGGCUACCUCAACAGCAACUUCACACCAGGCGGCGGAGGAGACUUGAUCUUUUCCCUGACUUGGUCGAUGUCACACGGCAUCACGAAUUCCUCAGGGUACAUUUGAACGAGAAGGGAGAAAAGCUACUGUACAUUACACACCGGCUCGACAAGAAUGGCUUCGACGUGCGCGUCUUCCUCGUAGCGGCUUCUGGAUUUCUCACGGACUCGUACAUUUUAUUCGUCACCAACACGGUCAUUCCAUCCAUCAUGUACGUCUAUAUGCACGACAAGCCUGACCAGGCCGCGACCUUUGAACUGUGGAUGAACCUGUCUACUCUGAUAGGUUCAAUUGUUGGCCAAAUAGUGUUUGGUAUCCUUGCCGACAUCUAUGGGAGAACAUCCCUCUAUGGGUGGGAGCUAGUCAUUGUCAUAUUCGCCACUUUCGGCUUUGCUUUCACCUCUGAGGGUAUUGCUCCUGUCGCAGUUACCCCACAGGCGCCGUCCCUGAAUCUGAAGACUGCAUUCUACUGCUGGCGAUUCCUCACAGGCUUCGGAAUUGGUGCCGAGUACCCUCUCAGCGCCGUUUUGACGGCGGAAUGGGCGUCUGUCCAUCACCGCGGCCAAAUGCUGGCUGCUGUGUUUGCCAUGCAGCCACUUGGCCAACUUUGCGCCGCUCUUGCUGGGCUCUCGGCCAUUAGCAUCGUUGACCGUAUACACAACGUGCAGGGUGAUGUCAGACGUAGCGGGAUUGUGUAUACAGAUUCUUCACGUGUCGCCGUUGACCGUGUCUGGAGGGGCGUGGUCCUAUUUGGAGCUAUUCCUUCCGUGAUAGCAUUGUUGUUCCGCUUCUAUCUUCCAGAUCCAGGUCGAUAUACACUCGAAGUACAAGAGGAUAUCGAUCGGGCCGUUAAGGACACCGAUACAGAGAUCGAGAAGAAUGCGUUGUGGGCUUGGCCGAAGUCAUUAUGGCCCUGGAAGAAGAAACUUACCGCAGAGGAACAAGUUGAGCUAUCCCAGGGGCGAGAGACUAGACGAGGUACCGAGGACACAGCCGACACUGCCAGCACUCAACCUACCGAUGCCGAAGACAAUGACCAAUCCUUGUCUGAUCUAUGGACCUAUCUUUGGGAAGAACGAAACUGGACCCUGCUCUUCGGCACAUGCGUAACUUGGUUUCUCUUAGAUGUAGUAUUUUAUGGACUUGGAAUUAGUAGCCCUCACACUCUCGCUGUUGUUUGGGCUGAUCGAGCACUACCCCUAACAGGAACCCAAAAGGUCGACCCCUGGAAUCCAGACCCAACUCACCCCAACGACACCAUUGUCGACGUACUUGACCGAAACUCAAGGAGAUUGAUAUAUACGUCGGUGAUCGGGUCCCUUGUUGGAAGCGUUGCCCUUAUCUUCUCCAUGAAUUGGAUACGGCGAAAGUGGCUUCUUCAAUGGUCAUUUUUGGUUAUCGCCUGCUUUCUGGUUGCCACAGGGGUGUCUAUGCGGCUUACCUUCGGAAGCAAAAACUGGCUAGCAACUUUUGCCUUCUACGUUGUCUGCCAGAUCCUGUUUAAUUUCGGGCCCAACACAUUGACCUUCCUUAUCCCCGCUGAGAUUUUCUCAACGCGCUACCGAUGCACACUUCACGGUCUCUCUGCAGCCAGCGGCAAGCUUGGAUCUGUGCUCAUCCGGAUCAUCUUACACGAAAGUGUCCGCAAAAAGAGCGACCAGAAUGCAUUCAACCAACAAGCUGUAAAACUUUCCUGGACCCUAAUCGCCUUCAGCGUCGUCAUGGCUCUUGGUUUCCCGAUCACUAAAAUCUUUUUGCCUGAUGUGCAGAGAGACCAGCGACGUGAAGAUGGUACCCUGGUAGAUAAGACAUUGGAAGAUCUCUCCCCGGGUCUUUCCGCUGCCGAGAGAGACAAUCAGCUACUCGGUGCCCUGUGGUUCAGGGAACAUUGGCCCUCGUUGUUGAGUCGGAAUCGAAGAAGAGGUGCAGGCAAUGAUGUUUCUCGAAGCCCAUCGCCAUCGAAUUAUAGUCGGCCCUCACACGACCACGAACGUAGUCAUACUCAGGAUGGAUCACUUAGGCACGAGGACCCGGUGGGUGAGCAUCUAUCUGUUGCAUCAGUACCAGAGUCAAGUGAAUCUCAAUCGUCUAGUGUUCUGUAGCUUCACCAUUAGUGUAACGUUAGCGUCUUGCGUUGUUGUAAGCAAAAGGUUUUAUAACAGAAGAUUAGAAGAGAAUAC